GGUUCGUUUCUCUUUCACUAGGGCUUUCUGUUUUGUUCGUUUCCUCACCGGCGGCGCUAAAAGUUUCUAAGCAAAUCGAUGGCUUCUAAACCACUCACAAGCGAGGCAAUUGCUCUUACAGAGAAGAAAAUGGACAUGGCAUUAGAUGACAUCAUCAAAAUGUCUCAUAGUACUUCAAAUAAGGGCAAGAAGCAAAGAAGGGUUCCGAAUAAAAGUCAGAAAUCUGUGAAUAAUGGCCCUAAAGAGAGGGCCUUGAAGGUGCGGCGAUAUAUGGACACAAGGUCCUCUCUUAGACAGGGAUUUCUAGCUAGGAGAAGGUCAAAUUUUCAGGGAAACCAAUUCCCGUUGGCAGCUGAGACUGCAAAGAAGGCUGCAAUUGCUCCAAUUCAUGUUAGAGCUUAUAAUGGUAGCAGGGUUGCCAAUUUUAAUAAACCAAGGUAAAUCAUGGGCCUUCUCAAUAUUGAUCAUUUCUGCAAUGUGCUUCUGAUUAACUUAUGUGAAGUUGAAUAUUGUUCUGGAACCACAAAAUGGUUGAUUCUGUAUCUUCUGACAAGUGCUAAAUUUGGGGUGUUUGAAGUGUUGGUCUUUUCUGUCCAUGCAGUCAAGAUUAUAGUUUGCUUGAAUGAUGAGUUUUGGGUGUUCUUUAAUAGUUUGAGUGGUGGAUAGAUCGUUUGAUAAUGGGGUAACAGUUAAUUUGGUGUCAGUGAUCUGCCAUUUACACGGAUGUCAAAGCAUCAAAUAAGUAUAGUUGAUGGGGUGAUCUUGUUUGAGGUGGAUUUUAAAAAACCAUGAUAUGAUUUUGAUUAUGGAAGUAAUAUUCUGCAAGAGCCAUACAUGUUCCUUAGAAAAAUUAACCUUCUAGGUGGCUCAUUGCUUGAUCUGGACAAAUGGCUUUUUCACUCAAAACUCUCAAGUGUCAACUGAAUAGUUUGUGGUUACCCCUACUGGUUUUUGUAGCUUCUUCGUGAAAUUUCUCUUCUGAAGAAUUCUACCUUGUUAUCAAUUCUUAUGCUUCUUCCAUAAGCUUAUAAUCUGCAUUGAGAGACUGUUCUCAUUUCUUCAAUUGAUAAUCUUAUGGAUGUGGCAUGUCCUCCUGGCUUCUCUCCUCUGAUCAGAUUGAUUUAAAUUUUACUCAAGUUCUUUGGGUCCUGUUUCUUGGAGUUCAAUGGAUGGGGUUGUAUAUCUUACUCUAUGCACUUCUUGUAGAAUUAUUAAGGUGGCAGUGGUUUCUUUCAUGAGCCCCAUUUCCCAUUGCUCUGACUUUCAUCUCAUGUCUAGAUUUUCCUGUACAUGUUUAUUUACUGCUGGGUUAUGUGCUUUAAAGGAAUGGUUGGAUUGAUACAUUGAUAAUGAUUUUUGAUCAAGAGAAUCAGUUGUUGCCUUGGGGGCAUAGUGAAAUCUUUGUACUUGAAGUAAUGAAGUUUGGAAAUUGUU